AUUCGCCCGUGCAUCGUCCAGAGUGCACCGCGGCUCGGCCAGGCGGGGACGCGGCACCGCGUACCGUCUCUAUUUAUAUAUUGACGCGCCCCGCGCCCCCCGCGCACGCGCAAUGCGCACCUGAAGACGUCGAAAGUGAAAAUUGCACAUUAUGGUACCGCACGGUGCACUGCAUCGCUCACAGGACUAGACAAAACUACACACGAGAAACUCGCGGAGAACCCGGCACCGGCGGCUUCUAGCGGGCCGCUAGGAUGGCCGAUGAGCGCACGCCGACACCCGGCACUGCGGCAGUUCUGCGUCACACAUCAGCUGUACCGGCGCGCUCGUGACGUCUCGUGUUCAAGCCGGCGCGAUGGCGUCCACGAUGCAGCUGGAGUUCACCCAGGCGAUGACGGAUUUUAAGACGAUGUUCCCGGACAUGGACGACGACGUGAUCGAGGCGGUGCUGCGCGCGAACCAGGGCGCCGUGGAUGCCACCAUCGAUCAGCUGCUGGCGAUGAGUACCGACAACCAAAACGAGAGGUUGCGACUGGAGAUGGAGCGGGUGGAAGGCGCGAGCCCGCGCAAGCCGCGCCGCACACCGCGCCAGCAGCGCAACGGCGAAGACAACGACACCACGGCACUCGUAGACAUCGACGACGACUCAGUACCGCUAGCCGUACGAAGGAAAUGGGUACCGCGAAUGCUUGGACCUUUACCGCCCAUGUUUCUGCGCAUACCACCUGGCACUGACGCGCGAAUAGACCUGAGUUUAGACAUGGACGACGACCGAAUCGCCACGUUUCUGCAGAAUGAGGAGUUCAUGGCGGAACUUCGCUGGAACCAGGAGUUCAUGGCGGCGUUGGAUAGUGAGCAGGGGAAGACGAAGGGUGAUGACGAAGCAGAUUUUAAGGAGCGGCUUAAAAAUAUGGGGAAAUUAUCGCGCAAGAAGUUCGCACAACUAUCGCGCAUGUUCUCACGCGGCGCGGGUGCGUCGCGGCGCUCAGGCGGUGCGCGCGCGCCUCCGCGUGGUCCGCCCGACAGUCUGCUGCUGCAGGAGGAACACAGCGACGAUGAAGACCAUCAUCGGCCACACAAGGUUUAACUGCACAAUACGAAAACUACUUAUACAACUAUAACGGGUAGAGUUUUAGGGCCUAUUUAGUUGCCUAUCCGGUCAGCUUUGAUAACAUAUGUAUUUAAUGGAAGCUGCUGCUGCGUCUACGCAGCAAUCGACAGAUACCCUGAGAAACGCGCGCUGAACCUCAUGUAUUUCCUUACUAUUUUGUGAAACGAAUAGUUAAUAAUAUGGGACGGGUGUUCGUGGAUGGCACUAAAUUGAAAUAGUCAUCGUUCGUUCGCUUGAUGUGUAAUCAGCAGCAGUUCGACCUUUAGGAAUGUAACUAAAACGGUCUUAAAACGUUAUGGGUGUUCAUGAAUCUGGUAUAAAUGAUGUCCCUGUCUGUUUGAGGCUUUGGGAACGACUGGACUUGAAAGGCGUAUUUAAUUUUUUUUUUUGAAUAGGGAAUCUUACGCGAAUCUGCUUAGGGGGCGCCACUACCACAAUCCAUCACAAUCUGAGAGUCUACCGCGAAACCUGAAAAUCUAAAUUUCGUUAUAUAACCUCCCUAUCACUCUUGCAUAUUCGAGCGAUAAAGAGGUAGAUAACUAAAUAUUGAUUUUCGCGUUUCCCGGUAAGGCCCUUUGUAAACAAACCGCCUUGAUGCAUCAAUGUCAUGAUAGGUGCUAGUGCUGCAAUCUGGCGACAGAACAUUGCAGUAAUACUCCGUAUUACUUUUAUUCUACUAUACCUUCAAUUUACUGUAAAUAUGUACUACUAAAGUAGAAACGCUUUCCGUAUAGAUUUUCGUACAUUGAACCGCCUGUUGCUAUAUAGCUGACACACACAGUGACAUUGACAACCAGCAUUACACUCGGGACAGCAAUAUAAUUAUGCGCGUGCAAUAGAGAUACCAACAGGUGCGUCAGUGUACGAAAAUCUAUAUGGAAAACGUCUCUGCUUUAUAGUUAGGUACUGUAAACGUCAGUUAUUCGUAACUGCUACAGGAACCUUUCUAGCAGUAAAAACUGUCACAGAUGAAAAAGGUAUGUAGAUAUAAACUGCUACUACUUAACUGCACAGCAGAAUUCACGCAUUGUAGAUAUAUGUAUUGUUUUUAUAACAUAAUCCUCCAGGAAUUGUAAACGCUCAUCAAGCUCUAGUCUAGCAGAUAGUAGCGCUACGUAUUGCUAGGGGUAAAUACAAGACUACUCUGUUAUAUAGAGGUGGAUACGAUUGUUAUAUGUAAACGGUAAAUGACACUAAAGACGAUACGGGGAAUGACUGUAAAGGGGUCAAAAUUUAUUUCGUUGUCUUGUUUUUUGUCCCCAAAAAAUAUGCCGGAGUGGAGCUUUUUUUAUGGGAAGCAGUUUUUCAUUUUUCAUAUGUUAAUUUAGGCCAGGCAAAUUAGUUUUUUUCCAGGAAUUAAUUCCCAGCAAGCUGGCAAUCGGCUUAAUACAUUCAUUUGGUUCUAAAUUACUGUAAUCCGAGUUUGCUCCAUUGCCAAAUUGUUGCUCUUUUUUUUUCAGUUUUUGGCUUGUAACUCGAAAACGGUACGUCCGAUUGAAAUGUCAUUCAUUUAAAUAUUAAGAGGAUUGAAUUCUGCGUCGAAUGAGUAUCUCAAACUUCAAAUUAGGUUCAGUGGUAGAGCCGUAAUCAAAAGUUAGAAACUGGGAAAAUUGGCAUGACAUGAUAAAAUGAGAACAAAAACAUAAACCAAAAUAAUAUUUUAGUAAUAGUGGUGUUAAAAAAUUUAAUAUGUUCUAAAAAAAUAUGUUAUAGAAAUCAAAGUCUUCACAAAUUUUUUUAGAUGUCGAUGGUCUCACCUCUCUUCGUCGAGAUCAUCUUCCUAGGGACUGUACUGAUCUGUCUACGGCGAUCGGCAGUAGACCCGCAGAAUAUGUUGGGCGGCGGCUGCAUUUGUUGAGGGCAGUGAGCCAGAUUGAAAGUUGGCUUUAUGAGAGAUUUUGAAAAUGUCUCGUGGCGGAUUUUGUCCAAGGAAGUCUCAUUACAUAAUGGGAAACCUUGACUGCCUCUGUAAAGCCGUGUUCUCAAGGAGCUUGAUAAACUUCAACUUCCCUUGGCGAUAGAAUGCAGAGAUUGCAGAGUUGGUAUCACACCCACUGAUUGCAUGUAGGAACAGAAGGUUCUGUUUGACAGCAGAAGAGAAGUUAAAGUCCCAGGGAGAGUAAAACGGGUUUUGUGAAGUCCCCUUUCCAGGUACCAUGAUGUAAAUGUUUGAGGAAUCUGGUACUUUGGCAGUUAAUAAGAUAAAUAGAUCGGUGUCCUCUGCGAUUAUUAUGACCGUCUCAAAAUCUUCUGCCACUUGAAUGGCGGUGUUGACGAUGAAGGUGUCAGCAUCCUCAACAUCAGCUUGCCUCAUUUCAAACCCUAUAGAACUUUUUCCCGCAGCAUGGAGAUAAGCCGUUCAUUGUUGCUGUCAUUGGACAUAAAUUGUUUUUUCGGGAUAGUUGCAGGCAUCGUUUCAGUUAACACCACGUUUGCAGAAGAGUACUUGCUCUAACAGUAAAGACGGUCAGCUUCUUUAGUACAUACUCUUUAGUGAUGCAUCAUUAGGAUAACCAAGAUUGAUCAAUAACGAAGAUUGUACUGGCAGGGUCAUAGUAUUGCUUAACGUAGUCGACAUAUUUGGAGAAAAUUGUUGGAAAUUACUUAUUUACCGGAUUUAUAGCAUACAACCGGUGUCAUGUUUUGGCGACCGGUCUGGCCUAGGGGGUAGUGACGUACCCUUCAUAGGCAUGAAGCCGAUGGUCCUGGGCUCGAAUCCCGGUAAGAGCAUUUAUUUGUGUGAUGAGCACUGAUAUUUGUUCCUGAGUCGUGGAUGUUUUCUAUGUAUCUCAGUAUUUGUAUAUUAUAUAUAUCGUUGUCUGAGUACCCACAACACAAGUCUUCCUGAGCUUACCGUUGGACUUAGUCAAUUUGUGUAAGAAUUUCAUCCUCUUUAAUAUUGAAAUGUAUGACAUUGCAAUCGGAUUUACCGUUUUCGAGCUACAAGCAAAAAACUGGAAAAAGAGCGAAAAUCCACAACUCCUGGGAUGGUGCAAACUCGGAAUACACUAAUUUAGCACCAAAUGAAAGUAUUAAGACGAUUUCCAGCUUGCUGGGAAUUAUUUCCUGGAAACGGUUUUAUUUGAUCUUAUUUGACUGGCCUAAUUAUAAUCUACAGCUAGAAAAAUAUGCAAUAGCACUAGACUUUUUGUUAUUUAUUUGAUUAAAGACAAAAAUACAAGCGUGACAGAGUGGUCAGAAACAAGACAACGAAAAGAACUUUGACCCAAAGCACUCUCCAAAGAAAGGCUGAUAAGGAAAAUUUUGUAUAAAAUUUAUUCACAUUAUAGUUAGAUAAUGUAAAUAACUGUUGUAAUAGUCGACUCGAUAAGUAGAUUGCUCUAUCUUUACGUCUUCAAAUUUCGAUGCCGUUAGCGGAUUCUUGUUAGGAUCAAUUUCUAGUUGCCUAUCUUGGUGAUCACCCGGUUAGCCUAAGGCACAGUACAUACGGAGGGUUAUGGUACCGCACUUCGCAGCGUUGAAUCAAAUAAAUAAACUGCUAACUUUUUGUACCCGCGUGUAAAAUUCCAUAACCAGGUAGUGGAAUUAUAAAAUUUUGGAAAUAUGAAUGACGUCUGAUUUGCAAUCCCUUUGCUUUUGAUUGGUUUAAAACACCAUGGGCACGUAACACGCAGAGCUCUCAGACUAGCUACUUAGCAGAAAAUAAAUCUAUGUAUCUAGGUUUUAUUUUCGUCAUAAAAUUCGCGCUCCACCUCGCAGCAAGCACGGCACCCACACCAAACCACUUCGUGCAUUCUGCGCCUAAGUAACUACAAAUUGCAACGUCGAAAUAUGCAUCGACUAUUAUCCCUGCUUGGGCUCGUUCGGGUCGCCGCAAGAGUAUAGGGUUUCCUUCCUAAUCCACUAAUGACUUCUUCCAGAAUAUUAGUUAUUCCAUACGAGUAGCAGCGUAGAAAAUAACGAGUCCGCAAAUGAAUAUGUGGCUCCUGAUCUUGAUUCAAAUCGAAAUCACUUUAGUACGGUAGUAUUUUGAACACUUGUUUUUAUAAAGUAGUUGUGUAUUUCUAGUCUCCGUUCCAAAGUUAGAUUUAUGUUUUUAGAUUUUAAGUUAUGUGACUAAGCAUACUACUGUCAGUAGUAACUAAGUAGAAACGUUAUCCUUUCACAGCAAUAACAUUUACGGCAGUUGACCAACGGUAAAAGCGUCCCAGAAAGCCGCAAUAACUACAUUGUAUAGUUACUAAAAUUUUAUAAGAAGCUUCUUCAUAGCCUGUCCUGCUUCAGGAAAUUAUGCUAUAAGCGUGUGACGGAAGAGCAGCCAUCCGUGGCUUUUUCGCUUACCACAUACUUGCCUUGGCGAACCAGCACACCGGAUACCCAAGACGAGAUCUGUAAUAAUAACAACAACUAUGUAGGGUACUGGUGACUACAAUUAUACUGGUUUGACUAAGGCGAUUACUCGGUAAGCCAUAAGAACAGAAGCCGAGGCCUUUGGCCCUGGCCGACACUGAGCUAGGGAAGUUAAAAUGUUACGCAAUUGAAAUAAAAAGUUAUUUCUAUAA